CUGGGCGUCGCGGCUAACAUGAGAGAUGAUGGCCGCCUUCGGGCUCCUCAGCUACGAGCAGAGGCCGCUGAAGCGCCCGCGGCUCGGGCCGCCCGACGUCUACCCGCAGGACCCCCGGCAGAAGGAGGAUGAGCUCACAGCUGUGAAUGUAAAGCAAGGCUUCAACAACCAGCCAGCCUUCACUGGAGAUGAACAUGGCUCUGCCAGGAACAUUGUCAUUAACCCAUCAAAGAUUGGAGCUUAUUUUAGCAGCAUAUUAGCUGAGAAACUAAAGCUUAACACUUUUCAAGAUACUGGAAAGAAGAAACCCCAAGUUAAUGCUAAAGAUAAUUACUGGCUUGUAACAGCUCGAUCUCAGACUGCAAUUCAUAAUUGGUUCUCUGACUUAGCAGGAAAUAAACCACUUGCUAUUUUGGCAAAAAAGGUUCCCAUUCUUAGUAAAAAAGAGGAUGUUUUUGCAUAUCUAGCUAAGUAUUCUGUGCCAAUGGUUCGAGCAAUGUGGCUGAUCAAGAUGACCUGUGCCUAUUAUUGUGCUAUUUCUGAAGCUAAGAUUAAGAAACGUCAGCCUACUGAUCCAAAUUUGGAGUGGACACAGAUAUCUACUAGAUACCUUCGAGAGCAGUUGGUCAAGAUCUCUGACUUUUACCACAUGGCCUCCUGCACAAGCGAUGGCCCUGUGCCUGUGUCUGCCGAGGUGGAGCAGGCCAUGAAGCAGUGGGAGUACCAUGAGAAGCUGGCAUUCCACAUGUUCCAGGAAGGAAUGCUGGAAAAGCAUGAAUAUCUUACAUGGAUCUUGGAUGUUCUAGAGAAAAUCAGACCAAUGGAUGACGAUCUUCUUAAACUCUUGUUACCACUAAUGUUGCAGUAUUCAGACGAAUUUGUUCAGUCAGCCUACCUGUCCCGACGUCUUGCCUACUUCUGUGCCCGGCGUCUCUCUUUGCUGCUGAGUGACAGCCCUAGCCUGCUGGCUGCUCACUCACCUCACAUGAUGAUCGGACCAGGCACUGCAGGCAUCGGGGCCCCCAGCCCCGGACCCCCCGGCCCUGGCAUGAUACCUGUGCAGCUGGCAUUCUCGGACUUCCUUUCCUGUGCACAGCAUGGCCCCCUGGUUUAUGGACUCAGUUGUAUGUUACAGACUGUCGCUCUCUGUUGCCCAAGUGCCUUGGUGUGGAACUAUUCCUCCAAUGAAAAUAAGAGCACGGCCCCAGGCUCACCCCUGGACCUGCUGCAGGUGGCGCCCUCCAGCCUCCCCAUGCCCGGCGGGAACACAGCUUUCAAUCAGCAGGUUCGGGCAAGGAUUUAUGAGGUUGAGCAGCAGAUAAAACAAAGAGGCCGUGCAGUGGAAGUUCGGUGGUCUUUUGACAAGUGCCAAGAGUCAACAGCAGGGGUGACAAUUGGUCGGGUUUUGCACACACUGGAGGUCUUGGAUCGUCACUGUUUUGACCGAACUGAUCCCAGCAAUUCAAUGGAGACACUUUAUCAUAAGGUUUUCUGGGCAAACCAAAACAAAGACAACCAGGAGGUCGCUCCCAAUGAUGAAGCUGUGGUGACACUGUUAUGUGAAUGGGCUGUAAGCUGCAAACGCUCAGGCAAGCACAGGGCCAUGGCUGUGGCCAAACUCUUGGAGAAGAGACAAGCAGAAAUUGAGGCAGAGAGAUGUGGUGAGUCUGAAGCUCUCGAUGAGAAGGAGUCUAUUUCUUCAGCCUCUCUUACUGGGUCCAGUUUGCCUGUUUUCCAGAAUGUUCUUCUGAGGUUUUUAGAUACACAGGCUCCCUCAUUGUCGGAUCCCAACAGUGAGCGCGAGAAGGUGGAAUUUGUGAACCUGGUGCUGCUCUUCUGUGAGUUCAUCCGCCAUGACAUCUUCUCCCAUGAUGCCUACAUGUGCACCCUCAUCUCCCGAGGAGACCUGUCAGUCACUGGACCGCAGUCCCCAGCAGGAGACCACAUGGAUGAGCACUGUUUGAAGGACCGUGACGGGAGGAUGGAGGAACAGAGUAUUAUGGCGCAUAUGGGUCUUGACUCAGGAGCCACUAACAUUUUUGAUGAAGUAGACAAGAGUGACUUUAAAACUGACUUUGGUUCGGAGUUUCCAAUUUUUUCUCCCAUGCCUGGAGAGUCCUGUGAGAAUGUCAACUCUUCCUUGGGCGGAAGGAUGUCGGUGAAUGAUGAGAAAUUCAUGAAGAGAGAAAAACCAAGAGACUUAAUUUUUCCAUCUAAUUAUGACCUCCUCCGUCACUUACAGUACGCAACACAUUUUCCUAUACCCCUGGAUGAAUCUUCAAGUCAUGAAUGUAACCAGCGCACAGUCCUUCUCUACGGAGUGGGCAAAGAGCGGGAGGAAGCUCAGCAUCAACUGAAGAAGAUUACCAAAGACCUUCUGAAGAUCCUGAACAAGAAGAGCCCCACAGAGACAGGGGUUGGCGAUGAAGGACAAAGAGCCAGGAAGAACAAACAAGAGGCCUUCCCAACACUGGAGGCAGUGUUCACAAAACUCCAGCUCCUUUCAUAUUUUGAUCAGCAUCAAGUGACAUCUCAGAUCUCUAACAACGUGCUGGAGCAGAUCACAAGCUUUGCCUCUGGGGCCUCCUUCCACCUCCCUCUGGCUCACCACAUCCAGCUCAUCUUUGAUCUCAUGGAGCCAGCACUGAAUAUCAAUGGAUUGAUUGAUUUCGCAAUACAGCUACUAAAUGAGCUGAGUGUGGUGGAAGCUGAACUGCUCCUAAAGUCCUCCAGCCUGGCAGGAAAUUACACAACGGGACUGUGCGUCUGCAUAGUGGCUGUCCUCAGGCGGUACCACAGCUGUCUGAUCCUGAAUCCUGAUCAGACAGCCCAGGUGUUUGAAGGGCUGUGCGGCGCGGUGAAGCACGUGGCCAACCCCUCGGAGUGUUCUUCUCCAGAGAGGUGCAUUUUAGCCUACCUCUACGAUCUCUACGUGUCCUGUAGCCACCUCAGAAGUAAAUUUGGAGACCUCUUUAGUAGUGCCUGUUCAAAGGUAAAGCAAACCAUAUAUAACAAUGUGAUGCCUGCAAAUUCCAACCUGCGCUGGGACCCAGAUUUCAUGCUGGACUUCAUUGAGAACCCUUCAGCCCGCAGCAUCAACUACUCGGUGCUGGGCAAGAUCCUCAGCGACAAUGCGGCCAACCGCUACAGCUUUGUCUGCAACACCCUCAUGAAUGUGUGCAUGGGCCACCAGGACCCCAGCAGGAUUAAUGACAUAGCCAAUUUCUCCUCCGAGCUUACGGCCUGUUGCACGGUCCUCAGUUCAGAGUGGCUGGGCGUUCUGAAGGCUCUUUGUUGUUCUUCAAAUCACGUGUGGGGGUUUAAUGAUGUACUUUGCACUGUAGAUGUGAGUGACCUUUCAUUCCAUGAUUCAUUAGCUACUUUCAUUGCUAUUCUGAUAGCACGACAGUGUUUCUCCCUGGAGGACGUCGUGCAGCACGUUGCCCUGCCCUCGCUCCUGGCGGCAGCUUGCGGAGACGCCGACGCGGAGCCAGGGGCCAGGAUGACGUGCAGACUCCUGCUUCACCUCUUCCGAGCUCCUCAGGCCUGCCUGUCACCGCAGGCGACCGGCAAACCUUUCCCUGGAAUAAGAUCCUCUUGUGAUAGACACCUGCUAGCCGCUGCUCACAACAGCAUUGAAGUGGGAGCCGUUUUUGCUGUCUUAAAAGCAAUUAUGAUGCUUGGAGAUGCCAAAAUCGGUAGUAGCACUGUCAGCUCUUUGAAGAAUGAUGAGUUCACUGCGAGGGGCUUGCGGCGUGAUGGGAAUACGGAAGAUAUCUGGACUAGCUCGCAGAGCUCCAAGUCCUGUGGGAAAGGGGUUUCCAUUGAAACUGCCAAUUUAAGGGAGUAUGCGCGAUAUGUGCUGAGGACUAUCUGCCAACAGGAAUGGGUAGGAGAACAUUGCUUAAAAGAACCUGAAAGAUUAUGCACAGACAAAGAACUUAUACUGGACCCUGUGCUUUCAAAUGUGCAAGCACAGAAAUUAUUGCAGCUCAUUUGCUACCCGCAUGGCAUUAAAGAGUGUGCCGAGGGAGACAACCUGCAAAGACAACACAUCAAACGCAUUCUCCAGAAUCUUGAGCAGUGGACACUGAGACAGUCCUGGCUGGAACUACAACUAAUGAUCAAGCAGUGCGUGAAGGACCCUGGCUCCGGUUCUGUGGCUGAAAUGAACAACUUAUUGGACAAUAUUGCAAAGGCCACCAUAGAGGUCUUCCAGCAGUCUGCAGAUUUGAAUAGCAGCUCCUCUAGCGCUGGCCUGAGCCUCUUCCACCCACAUGGUGUUGGAAAUGCUGAUGCGAGUAGCACGAGGCAAAACGGAAUAAAGACAUUUCUGAGUUCCUCAGAGCGCAGGGGCGUGUGGCUGGUGGCCCCCCUCAUCGCCAGGCUGCCAACCUCUGUUCAGGGAAGGGUGCUGAAGGCUGCUGGAGAAGAGCUAGAGAAGGGGCAGCACCUGGGCUCCUCUUCAAAGAAGGAGAGAGACAGACAGAAGCAGAAAAGCAUGUCUCUUCUGAGCCAGCAGCCAUUCCUCUCCCUGGUCCUCACCUGCCUCAAGGGGCAGGACGAGCAACGGGAAGGCCUCCUGACAUCGCUGCAGAAUCAAGUGAACCAGAUCUUAAGUAACUGGAGGGAAGAGCGCGACCAGGCUGACAUAAAGGCACGGCAGGCGGUGCACGAGGCCUUGCAGCUCCGCUUAAAUCUGGUGGGAGGCAUGUUCGACACCGUGCAGAGGAGUGCUCAGUGGACCACGGACUGGGCCCUCCUGUUUCUGCAGAUAAUCACCUCGGGAGCCGUUGACAUGCACACUAACAAUGAGUUAUUCACCACAGUUCUUGACAUGCUGGGUGUCCUAAUCAAUGGGACCUUAGCCUCUGAUCUAUCAAACGCAUCCCCAGGGGGGUCUGAAGAGAAUAAACGAGCAUACAUGAACCUGGUGAAGAAACUGAAAAAAGAGCUUGGAGACAAGCGGUCGGAAAGCAUUGAUAAAGUUCAACAGUUGCUACCUUUGCCAAAACAGACAUGUGAUGUCAUCACUUGUGAGCCUAUGGGUUCUUUGAUAGACACAAAAGGAAACAAAAUUGCUGGAUUUGACUCUAUCGAUAAAAAACAGGGGCUCCAGGUAUCUACCAAGCAGAAGGUGUCCCCAUGGGACUUGUUUGAGGGCCAGAAGAACCCAGCUCCUCUCUCCUGGGCCUGGUUUGGGACUGUCCGUGUGGAUCGAAGAGUAAUCAGAUACGAGGAGCAGCACCACCUCCUUCUGUACCACACACACCCCACGCCCAAGCCCCGGAGCUACUACCUGGAGCCGCUGCCCCUGCCUCCCGAGGAGGAAGAGGAAGAGCCCACAUCUCCCGUUUCUCAGGAACCAGAAAGGAAAUCAGCUGAGCUGUCAGAUCCCGGGAAAAACCCAGCCGAUGAAGAGAAGAAGACAAAGGGCAGGAAGCGCAAGACCAAGUGCGGCUCGCGCGUGGAUGAGUAUCCACAGAGCAACAUAUACCGAGUACCUCCUAAUUACUCACCCAUUUCCUCCCAAGUGAUGCACCACGCACCGUCCACCGUGUGGGGUUACAACCUCGUGGGCCAGCCCCCGCAGCCUGCCUUCUUCCUUCAGAACCAGUCUCUUACUCCAGGAGGCUCCAGGUUGGACCCCGCGGGCUCCGUUGUGCCAGCCAGCACCAAGCAAGCACUGUCCUACAUGCUCCAGCGGCGCUCGGGCGCCGUGACGCAGCCCCUCACCCUUCACGGGCUCACUUCCCAGCAGCAGUUCAUACAGAUGAAGCUUCUGCAGCAGCAGCAACAGCACCGUCUUCUCAGGCAGGCCCAGACUCGACCUUUCCAGCAGGCCCAGCCCGGGGACCCGGCAGCUCUGUUUGCUGCACAAGCACGGCCUUCUCCUCAGCCCCCCCAGUACCCAGGGCUGCAGCAGGCACAGACCAUGCCCCAGGGGUACACGAUGUACGGAACUCAGACACCUCUGCAGCCAACGGUACAGCCGCAGGCCGGUGGUGCGGUCCUGUCCCCCGGCUACAAUGGCAGAGCCCAUCCGGCUGCACACUCCAGCCCCGUGCUGGUGGACCGCCUCCGGCAGAUGCAGCCGCAGCCCGGUGGUUAUGUGCAGCGGCAGGCGCCGCAGUACCUGCAGACCUUGGCUAGCGCUCAGAGACUGAAUCAUCAGGCUCUGCAGCAGAGCCCUCUGGUGGGCACAGGCAUCGCAGCUGUGCUGACCUCUGCACCUCCAGACCUCCCCUCAGUUCCCCCGCCUCAGGACCCCGGGAGGCCCGGACAGCCGCCAGCCCGACAGCAGCAGAGACUCCUCCAGUUCCCCAGGCAGGGCCUGCAGCAGACCCAGCAGCAGCAGCAGACGGCCGCCCUAGUGCGGCAGCUCCAGAAGCAGCUGUCCAGUAACCAGCCACAGCAGGGAGAGACUCCAUACGGACACCCUUCACACUUCUAGACCUGGAAACGAAAACAUGCUCUUCAUGUGUGCCCUGGAGCGUAGAAAGGCAAAGUUAAUGUAGUAGUCACCCAGACAGAGGUCCUUGUGGGCUUUCAUUUCUUUGAUGUUUUCCGAUAUUUUAUGCUGUACUUCGUACAGAGGCAUUUAAAUGAAAAAGUGAACAAGUGGUUUGGUGUUGUCAUAUUCAACUUUAAAGCAGACUUAAAAAUGUAGAUUAUGCAGCCUACACCAGAGUGUGAUAGCAAGCCUUUUGCAAUUGGUGCUUUUUU